AUGCGGGCGAGUUCCGAUCGCGCGCUCGCCCGAGACAACUCGAAGCGCGGGACUGCGCUCACGACGACGACGACGACGGUGGUGGAGAAGGACGCGACGAACGUCGAGGUCGACGAGCACGGCGCGCCGCAGCGCGUGAACGAGUACGUGGUGCACGAAGAGCUCGGACGCGGCGCGUUUGCGCGGGUCUACAAGUGUACCAAGCUCGAGGACGACGAGCCAAAAGAGUUUGCGAUCAAAGUCUUCAACAAGUCGCUGCUGAAGCGCAAGCAAGAGUUCACGCGCGUCGCGGGCCGCAUGGUCGCGACCAACGCGUUCCAGAAAGUGCAAAGGGAAAUCGCCAUCAUGAAAAAGCUGCGCCACCCGAAUUUGACGCGGCUGCACGAAGUCAUCGACUCGCCCGAAGACGACAAGCUCUACUUGAUUCUCAACGUCAUCUCGGGCGGCCAGCUCAUGGACUUUGACAACCACGCGAUGUUGUACCGGUAUACGCACGAGCCGGGCCCGUCACUCGACGAGAGAAGCGUGACGCCGCUCCGUGUCGUACACGACUGCCUCGCAGACCUCGCGUGGGCCCUCGACUACCUGCACCGGAACCACAUUUGCCACCGCGACAUCAAGCCCGAGAACGUUCUCGUGACGGACGAUAGCGACUACAUCCUUGGCGACUUUGGCGUCGCGCACAUGUUUUCCGAGUCGAACCACGCGACGCUGCUCAAAAGCACGGAAGGCACGUAUCACUACCUCGCCCCCGAGUGCACCACCGGUACGCACAUGGAUAUUUGGGCCCUUGGUGUCACUGUAUUUGCCAUGGUGUUUGGGACCUUGCCAUUCGGCAUGACCGUCACGGACGGUCCGGCGGGCGUCCUCCGCGCGAUCCGGGAAGACCCGCUGGUGUUGCCCCACGAGAUUGACCCUCUACUUCACAACCUCCUCACGCAGCUGCUCGACAAGUCGCCUGCGACGCGCAUCAGCAUUGUGCAAGUGCAGGAGCACCCGUGGAUCACGACCGCGGCGGCGCGCAAGGCGCCGAAUCCGAUCGACACGAUUACCGUCACAAGUGACGAGAUGGCGAAAGCGUUUACGGCGUCGUAUGAGCUCUUCCUCAUGGUCAAACUCAAACGCUCGCUGCACGCCAAACUCGCGCGCGCGCGAACGGUCCUCGCGACCAAGCAAAACGAGAUCAGCACCGCAACAGCAACCGCGAUCACUGAAAGCGUCAACGCAGUUCGGAGACGAAGCACGCGCAAAGUGUCCGACACCGCGAUCCCUGUCUGCGGACGCGCCGACCCGGCAUGCCACGUCAUGUAACCGUCGUGUUUUGUAUCAACGUAUCAAUCAACCGCCAAAGCCGCGGGCGAUCUGCUGGGCGCCAAGCCGCGCAAACUCGGUGCCAACGUCCGUGGCAUAGCGAUGAAA